AUGAAAAAAUGGAUUAUAACAUUAAAUUUAUUGUUUUAUAUUACAUUCUUAAAUCAAUGGAAUUUUGUAGAAUCUCAUCCAACUUCGUCAAGUAGUGAUUCUACAACCACUCAAACUACUGAGUCAACAGAUACUAUAACUACUGUUACUCUUGAUAUCAGUAAGUCUAGUAGUACCAGUGAGUUCAACUAUACUGAUGAAAAUGGUGUCGUUACUUAUAGUCCUAAGUCUGGCCAUGUAUUCAACAAAGUAACUCAGGGUAGCAUGGAUAUUUGGGUUUCUACCAACGUCUAUUCUUCCUUGGUCAUGCUUAAGACGAUCAAGGAUGCUAAAUCCACUGAUGGUGUGUGUCGUAUCCUUGUAAUUCUAAUGACUAACAAUAUAUUCACAUUAUUCAAAGAGGAGAAUAGUAUUUUUAAGGAUAUAACCGCUACAAGACCGGAUAUUACUAAACUAAGGUUCCUUGGUGAAAAUGAUGCUGAACUCACUUCAUCAGACUACAACGUUAGUAUCGUUGAUCUCUCAUAUACUUUCACAUUCGAUGAUGCUUCCAAGUGUGUGAAGAUCACAUACAAUGAUAAUGAAGUUUGGAAACACACUGAUGAUCCUAAGUUUAAUACUAUAAAGAAAUUAAAACUCGGUCUUGUAUCAAAUAAGUUCUAUGUUAUUAAUUCUUCUGAUGAAUCAAACCAACUUUCAAAACCUAAGAUUACCAUGGUUGCUCUGGACAUAUCGAAGACUCAGUCCACAAGUGAGUUUGACUAUACUGAUAGAAAUGGCAUCGUUACAUACACAGCUAAGUCUGAUAAUUUGUUCGACAAGGUAUCUCAAGGUACCAUUGUGGUUUGGGAAUCCAAAGAUUAUGUAUAUGGUACUUUAGUAAGGGUUAUGUCUGAUGAGAGUAAGAAAUAUCUAGCCAUACUAUUGACUAAUAAUAUGUUCAAAGUGUUCCAUGAAGAUGCUGGUAACUGGACCGAAAUCUCUGACGAUCAACUACCUACCGAUCUCAAAACACUCAUAUAUCCAAACUCUACUCCUCAACAAACUCAGCCAACAACUCCAGGUACUCCCUCUACUACUCCUUCAAGUGGAACAGGUACUCCUGCUUCACAAAGUGAAACUACUCCUCCAACUACAAGUCCUACUUUGGUAACUGCUUUGACAACUGAUACUAUAACUCCUGUAACUCUUGACAUCAAUAAGUCUAAGGAUACUAAUGAGCUCUAUUUCAAGAAGGAUGGUAAUUUUAGAACAUACACUCCUAAGGAUGACCAUGUAUUCAGCAAGAUUAUAAAGAAACCAUUAGUUACUAGUACUGUGGAGAUAUGGACUGCUGAACCAGACGAUCAUGGACUCAAGGCAGUUCUCAUGGGUUCAGGUAGGAAUGAGAAAUAUUUGUCCAUUCUGCUGCAGAGUGGCAACUUUGUACUUCUUAGGAAGUCUGGUAAGAAUAAGCCUUGGGAAGAUAUAACUUCUGAUAGACAUGAUGUUACUAAUCUUAAGUUCUUUGGUGAGAAUGAUGUUGAGCUCUCCUCUUCUGACUUCAAAGUUACUCUACAUGAUCUAUCUUAUGAAUACACAUUCAAUGAUGGAGUCAUUUGUAAGAAGAUCACAUACACCAAUGUUCCACUCUGGAUUCAUAGUGACGAUCCUAACUACUCCUCUAUAAAGUCACUUCAACUGGAUCUUCCAAACAACAAAUUCAGUGUAAUGAAUUCCUCUGAUCAGACAAAGCAACUAGACAUAAAGUUAACUCUUGAUAUUGAGAAGACCCAGUCUACUACCGAGUUCGAAUACACUGAUCAGAAUGGACUAAUCACAUUCACAGCUAAGGAUAGCCACCUGUUCAAUAAGAUAACUCAGGGUACCACUGUUAUUUGGGUAUCCACUGGUUGUCUCUAUGGUACCUUAGUAAUGUCUAAGACUGUUUAUGGUGUUAAAUUCCUGGCCAUACUAAUGACAAAUAAUAUUUUCACACUAUUCCAUCUGGAUGGUGUUGAGUGGCAUAUAACUUCUAAGAGGCGUGAUGUCUCCAAGCUUAAGUUCCUUGGUGAUAACGAUGUUGAACUCAAGUCGUCAGAUUACACAGUAAGAACUGUCUUCCUUUCAUUUAUUUACAAAUUCAAUUCUGGAGUCGUCUGUAAGAAGAUAAAGCUAGCAGAUGCUGAUAUUUGGAAACAUACCGACGAUCCCGGGUUUUCAGAAAUCAAGAUAUUUUCAAUAGGUCUUAUAUCAAACAGUUUCUUUGUCUUUAAUAAUAAAAAUGAAUCUAAAAAACUAAAUAUAAAGAUCACUCUUAACCUCAGUGCACUUCAAAAGUCCGAGACCACUGAUAAGUUCGACAUCACUGAUCACAAUGGAGUUGACACAUACAGACCCAAGUCUGGUUACUUACUAUCCAGUGUCACUGAUGGCACUGCUACUAUCUGGGAAUCCACUGCUAAUGAAGGUGCUACCCAGGUUAGGAUUAGGUCCUCUGACGAUGCCAAAUACCUAGCCAUAGUACUCAGUGAUGAUAAUUUCAAAUUCUUCAAAAAGGAAUCCGAUGACUGGACCGAAAUCACUGACGAUAAUCUACUCCGAGAACAUACUCCUAACUUCACUGCUUCUAAGUCCCAAACUCAGACCUCAUCUACUACACCUGAUUCUACACAUACUCCUGCUGAACCCGCAGUCACAUCUGCUACCAAGGUUACCCUUGACCUAAACACUACUGAGUCCACCAGUGAAUUCAACUAUACCGACCAGAACAAUGUCAUUGUGUAUAAACCUAAGGAUAAUCACGUAUUCAGUAAGGUAUCUAAUGGUUCUACAGAUAUCUGGGAAUCCAAAACUAAUGUCUAUGGUAGAUUGGUAAUGCUAAUGACUCUUGAUGUUAAAUACCUUGCCAUACUCCUUACGAAUAAUAUGUUCAAACUAUUCAAAGAGAGGAUGGUAAGCCGUAGGACAUCACCGAUACCAGAUUAG